UGCUUUCAAGUGACACACAGGAGUAGCUUACCGGAUGUUGAUAGAUUCACAUGUUGCCGUGAAGAAUAAGAGGAAAUUAUCUAUCAAUUUAGCUUGUAUUCAUUUCUAUAGAACGUCAUAUUAUUGAAUCAGGAUGUCGGCAUCGUUGAUCAGGAGAGGACUGGAGUUAUUGAACGAUGAUAUUAAAGAUGUCAGUAAAAUGAAGAAGAAGAAGAAGCAGCAGCAGCAGACACCCAGCUCGGCCAAGGUGAUGGAGCUAGUCAGCACAAAGCGACAGGGCGUCACCAAGCAGGUUAAACGGCUGCAGGGUCGCCUGGGUCCGGGCAAGAGCAAAGCUACAGUCAAAGACAAGAGGAUCAAGUCUGCAGUGGAGGAGUUCAGGAAGAAGCAGCCGAAAAGCCACAUGAGCGCCAACCUCAAGUACUUUUUGGAAAGUCACAAAGCGACAGAUUCUGACACUUUAAAGAUCCAGAGCCAUAAUUCCGGGAGACAGUCGAGGAAUCGCCCGGAGCCGGUCGCCAAGAAGGCCAAGGAGGAGGAGUCUUUGUUCACAGAGGAGGAGUUCCAGCAGUUCCAGAAGGAAUACUUUGGCAGGACUGUGGAGAAGAAGAAGUAAAGUUCACCGAAACACAAAGACAUUGCAGCUACAGUGGAAAGCCAGAGAGCUACGUUUUGUGGAUCAAAGUAGAGUUACAGACCAGAACUUGGCUCCACUUCAUGUCUCGCAACAGAACUUUGAAGAGAAAUGUUAUAAGUGGAAUCUAUGACUGCAGACCCAUUCUGUUGCAUACAAGGGACAUGAGAUAUAUAGAGUUGUUCCUGCCAAGGGUUUCACUCCAAAACUAACAAAUUGAAAAUCUAACUUACAAUAGAUUUGUCACAAAAAGAUUCAGACACAAAAUUGUUAAGCCUAUAACCAACUGAUGUACAGAUUCAUUUUUAUAUUGUUCUGGUGGCCUCCUUCAGUCAAAGUUCUCGUCUGGAUAAUUCAGUUUGUACCUGAAUUUAUUUCCAUAAAGACUUCACUAUAGAGUGGGAAAUUCACUGUAUUACGUUGUCAAUAUCAAGAAUUAUAUGUUGACUUUGUUAUUUUCAUUCAGGGUGUAACAAAUAAAUCUACAUGCAGAAAUUUCUUAUAAGAUACUUUUUUAUUCUUUUUGUGUUUUUGUGGUUUAUGCAGAAUUUUCUGUUGAAUUUUAAAUGCAUCAGGACUUUGAAUUGCCUUUGUAUAAGAAAUACACUUGCAAACUUGUUUACCCUGCUUUAAAUAUUUGGUAUUAUUUGUCACUUAAGAUUAGUGUGUACACAACUCUAAGCGACUAGCCUCAACAUUCUGUUUACAAUAUCUUCUAUUGUACAAUGUCCUGAAAUUUAUGAAAGACAGAGGAGAAUAAAU